AGUGGGAUAAGAACAGAACAAAACAGAACAGGGGAAUUGAAGCUGGGAGUUCUCUUUGUUUUGCACCCCUUACCACACAAUUCGAUCCGCAAUCUCUCUCUCUUUCUCAGGUAGAGUUCCUUUCGUUUUUUCAUUAUUUCAGCAAUGGACUUGGGGAAUUUCGUUUCGUUAUGAAUUGUCGAGACCUGGGAAGAUUAGAACUUUUUAGAUCCGGCUUAAACUUUAAGAAAAGAAACAAAAGAUGCCACCACAGAAGAUAGAGACAGGUCAUGAUGCUGUUGUUCACGACGUGACAAUGGAUUACUAUGGAAAACGAGUGGCAACAGCGUCUUCCGAUGCCACCAUUAAAAUUGUCGGAGUUAACAACAACUCUUCCCAGCAUUUAGCAACUUUGAGCGGACAUCAAGGUCCGGUCUGGCAGGUCACUUGGGCGCACCCCAAAUUUGGCUCACUGCUUGCUUCCUGUUCCUACGAUGGUAAAGUGAUCAUCUGGAAGGAAGGUAAUCAGAACGAAUGGUCUCAAUUCCAGGUCUUGUACCACACCUCGUCCGUCAAUUCCAUUGCUUGGGCACCUCAUGAGCUGGGGUUGUGCUUGGCUUGUGGAUCCUCUGAUGGAAAUAUCAGCAUCUACACAUCUCAACCAGACGGCAGCUGGGACAUGACUAAAAUCGACCAAGCUCAUCCUGUUGGGGUGACCUCUGUUACAUGGGCUCCACCAACUGCUCCUGGUGCAUUGGUUGGAUCCGGGAUGCUCGAACCUAUUCAAAAGCUGGCCUCUGGUGGCUGUGACAACACUGUGAAGGUUUGGAAGCUGUAUAAUGGGAGCUGGAAAAUGGACUGCUUCCCGGCCCUUCAAAUGCACUCUGAUUGGGUAAGGGAUGUUGCAUGGGCCCCGAAUUUAGGGCUUCCAAAAUCCACCAUUGCAAGUGCUUCUCAGGAUGGUACGGUUGUGGUAUGGACUGUAGCCAAGGAAGGCGAUCAAUGGGUUGGUAAGGUUUUGAAUGACUUCAAGAGCCCUGUUUGGAGGGUGUCAUGGUCGCUAACUGGAAACUUGCUCGCUGUGGCGUCUGGGGAUAAUAACAUUACACUGUGGAAUGAAGCCGUUGAUGGGGUGUGGAAAGAAGCGACCACUGCACUCAACCAAUAGUCUCCAGGUUCUUUUACUGUUCAAAACGAGUUGAUUUGUUUUGUUUUGUUUGUGUGGUUAGACAUAUUUAGAAGGACCAUUUUAGUGAUUAUAUUUCUCUGCAUCUUUGUUCAUUUUAGUUGAAUUAUUCUGUGGUCGCUGGAUGCCUGUAUACUUCAAGUUUGUCUUGAUUAGACUACUAUACAUUUAUUUUGGGCUUCUAAUCGUUUGUGUUGUUUUUA